CCACGCCCACUGCACAUACACUUAACACUCCACAUGUAGCAUGUAGCUAGCUAGCUAGAGCGUGGACACUGUGGUUUUACAGGACGUCAUGUAAAACCAACAUGGAGACUAAUGUAUGUUCAUUGUCUCCGUUUUGGUUUUACAUGGAACACGGAACAGGAUCUAGGAAGUAACUUAACUCAAUAGUGUCUGCGCCGUCCACAGCCACGUGUGUGACGAAGUCAGUUACUAUACGCACGAACCCAAUACUAGAGACUCCAUCUCGACCUGUACACACGUUGAUUUUCUGAGCUGUCGGACAAAGAGCAAAAUAAAUUGAACCAGAAAUUUUUUUUUAUGAAUCACAUUAAAGAGUAAGAGAGUUUAAUAACAACAAGGAUAGGAUAAUUCCGGAAGAGACCUCCAAAUAGAGUUGCCCAGUCAAUAAUCAGGAGGAUGCCUAUACACCAUGGACACCAUCACCACCACCAUGGCCCUGCCCAUCACCAUGGCAUUCACCACCAUGGCAUUGGUCACCACCAUGGCAUUCACCACCAUGGCAUUGGUCACCACCAUGGCAUUGGUCACCACCAUGGCAUUCACCACAGUGGCAUUGGUCACCACCAUGGCAUUGGUCACCACAAUCACCACCGCAACAUCCACCACCAUGCCCCUGUGUCAGGCACGGGCCAGGCGGUGGGUGGUCCAAUACGAGCCAUCAAUCUGGGUAUGUUUGGCCUUUUCUUUCUCACCGGCGGUAUCAUAAUGAUGGGAGUUGGCUUCAGCAGCUCCAUUGGCUUGGGCAUUGUCGGGUGCCUCCUCUUUGCUGGGGGAUUGGCUUUGAUGAUUACCUGUGGCGUGCUCUGCCGGAAGAUCCACAAGCAGCAACAGCAGACUGUCGUUGACCAGGAGGCGGCUGGGGUGACCACGAUGGAGUACAGCCAGCCGGAUGCAUCACCCAUAGUACAGCCCCAGCAGCCAGGAGCACCCCCCAUCAUUCACCCACAGGGUCCCGGGGCAACUAUCGUGUAUGGACCAGGGGGACAGGUGGCCUACCAACCCCAGGCCCAGCCAGGCUUCCAGCCAGAACCUCAGCAGUAUCCAGCAACAAUUCCCUAUCCACAGCCGGUUCCUGAUAUGUCCAAGUCUGAUCUACAGGCGGAACCCAUUGCACCCCCACCAACCUAUGAGGAUGCAGUCAACCUAGCCAGCAAACCUGACAGUGCAAGCGACACACCAAUCGCAAUGUAACCUUUUCACGGCGGUGCACAAGGGGCAGAGGAGGAGUGGUGCUUCAGCUAAAGGUCUUGGUCUGGGUUCGAAUCCUGCCUCAGUCUCUCUGGGAUGCGGUCAACAGAGGCUAAGUCAUGGUUGCCACGGGUUACACCACCCAUCUGAAAUGUCUGUAACCUGGUAAAUUCUGACAUCAGGUCAAACUGAUUGCAACAGUAGGUUGGACAAGCUUCUUGAAAUCUUUGCUGAAUGGGCUAUAGGAAAAGAAACUUUGUCAUAGCACACUCAGGUAGCCUCGUCAGAAUCAAGCCAAGUACUGUUGUGGGCCACCGUUGGAUGCAAUAUUUCUUAUUUAGGUAAACUAAACUCGUCUUCCUGGAGUUUUUUAUGGGAAGUUUGAAAAAAUUACUUUAAUCCAAUGCUUUGCAUUAGACACUGGCAUGUUCAUCCUUCUUGAGUAUUAAUGAAACACUUGGUCCAGGAAAAUUAACAGUGCUACGGCCAUAAAGCCUGGGACUCAAUCGAAAUACUGCUGAAUCUCAGGUGUGCUGGAUUUCUGGUGGGUUUGAAGUUGAUUGGCUUAGCAGUAGUUUUCAAAUGUCCCUUGGUUAUUUUACGACAAAUGGGAAUGUGUGUCAUUGAUUACUAGUGUGGGAGUAAUGUGCACAUUGUGCAGUCAACCAGAACUAAAUCUUAAGACACUUCAAAAGAAUAUGACUUAAGAAUUAACCGAAAUGUGGACUUAUGCUUCAUAAAUGUCGACAGGUUAAUAGUUUGAUGACCUUUUGACCCCCGAACACCUUCCAUUGAAGUCAAUGUCACACCUAGAUGAGUUGUCUCGAUUCCGAUGAAUGGUAUCCAUUCAUUAUGUGCAUUAGAUGUGGGAGCAUUCGGAAACCAGUGAAUGCCUUCAUUCUAUCAAAAAAGAUUUUUCUGGAGGACAGUCUGAACUGUAAAUUUACAGUAUUGGAAACAGGUUUCCAACCAUGAUACAGUGCCUACAAUAAAUCAAACCAUUCUUUAAAAAAAACAAGAUUUUAUUUUUUUUAGGUACACUGUUUGGGUGCAUUAUUUGUCUAUAUAUAAAUUAUACAAGUGUUCAUAUUUUGUGUUAUGCUCUUGCCACAAAGAAAUGUUUCAAAAAGGUUUCUUGUGUUUGCAACAUUCUGAAAUAUUAAAAAGUACUGUUCAAUAAUUGUUUGGAAGAAACAAUGUACAUGCAGAGGGAACUUGACCCUUCAACUUCCUCAUAUACUAAACAAGUUUUUUACAGUUUUGAAAUGGCUUUUGUAACAAUCCAUGUUUUUUACCUGUAGGAGAUGAGGUUCUUCGGGUUCAACGUGACUUCAAGAUAUCAGUAUAUUUUUUCUGAACACAAGUUGUCAACUACUGAAAAAGACGAGGCUUUCGGCCGCUCCAAAGCCUGAAAUUAAAAGCCGGGAAAAUGAUGUUAUCUUUCUCAUGGUUGACGUUUAGAUGUGGGAUUUUCUCCAAUAUGAAAAUCUCAGCCCAAGCAAUCAUGAUGUAAGUCAUUUAAAAUGGCACACAUUUGAUGAAAUGCUCUUUGGUGACAUAAAUCUCUCACCUGAUUUCACUGAAAUCUUCACACGGCUAAAAUGACCAAACCCAACAAUACACAUGACAGGCUUCCUUUCCCAGCCCUAAUUUCCUGUAGCUUUCUCCCCUCCCCUGUAUUUAAAUGAUCAAUACGUAUUUAUUACUAUGUUUAACCCGUAAAUAAAUUCUUCCAUCUUUAACACUAUAAGCAAGAAAGAGUUUGCAUAUUCAUUUUUAAACUGCUACAAAUAUCUGCAUAAAAACUGCUACUCCAUUUUGACUGUUUUGUCUUCAUAUGUAUGCACCGCUUAAUGGUGGCGAUGGCAUUGACAUGUCCAAGAUCUGACCAUGCCUCUGACCAUGCCUCUGACCAUGUCUCUCAUGUACAUUAUAAUGUACAAGCAAUAUGAGUUGUAGUUUUCACAGUUACAUAUAUUUUCCUCAGAUGGACAAAGUCUCGAUAUAGAUGUAUAUACAGGGGUGUGAGAAUUCAGCUUUUUAGCUGAUUUCAGCUUUUUUGUGUAGAUGUUGACCCUAAAUUUCAGCUUUUUUGUACACCUAGUCUGUUCUUUACAAAAGUACAGGGACUUUAAACAAUUCAGCUUUUUACUAGCUGUUUUCAGCUUUAACGGCCGCUCACACCCCUGUAUAUAGUCAAGGAUUCAUCACUUGCCAAAAGGAUUAUCAAAAUUUCGCCAUUUAAUGGUUAGAAGUACGUGCACAUAUUAUGAUCCAUUUAUUCUGUUUUUCUCUUUAAUUUAUUUUAUAGUCCAUAUUUUAUUGGUGUAAGUUAUUUUUGUAUAUUUAAUUGUAAAAAAAGUUAAUUUAUUUACAGGAUUUUCCGACCAUUUCUUUUACCUGUAAUUGUAACAUACAUUUUACCAAAAUAUAUAAAUUCGUUUUCAAAAUCUUUUGUCUUAAUUAACAGUAAAUGCAAUAAAAACUAUAUUGUAUCU